AUGUCAUCAGUACCAUUACGUGAUUUUUUAACCCAUCUAUGUAUUAGUUCAGAAAAAGCAGCAUGUAUUGCCCGGUAUAUUCGUUUUAUGAAUACAAAUUUCAAUGAUAUGGUUCAAGAGAAACAACUGGAUGAAAAUCAUCAAUAUCUUAAUGCUGAUUAUAAAACUUUAGCUGAUGUUAUUAUACAAGAAGUUAUUAAACGAGAUCUAGGAUUCGUUUAUCCAUCAUUAAAGGAUCGAAUUUAUGGUGAAGAAGAUGGUUCAUUAAAAUUACAAUCAAGUAAUGAAAAGAUUCCAAUUAAUGUUGAUUGUAGUCAAAAUGAUAUUCUCGAUCUACUUCAAAAAGUAUUUAAUACUGAAUCAACAGAAUCAAUUCAAGCAUUAGCUAAAAUUGUUUCUUCGUCUUCCGAUGUAAACCUUCCCGAACAGUAUUACCAGUCAUUUGAAAAAAUUCCGAGUGAUAUUUCUAUUGAUUUAUCUAAUAUCGGAAUAUGGAUUGAUCCAGUUGAUGGUACACAACAAUAUAUAUAUGGUACUGAUGGCAGAAUUGAUGAAAAUACUGGUAUUGCAAGAGAUGGGCUUCCAACAGCUUUAGUACUUAUUGGAUGUUUUAAUAUUGACGAUGGUAAUCCUGUUGUUGGUGUAAUAAAUCGAGCAUUCAAUAAAAAAAUUGAUGGACAUACGUGGACUGGUUUGAUUUAUUGGGGUACAGCAUUACCAAAUGCAAAAUUUAAUAACUUAAGUGAUGUAUAUAAAGGAAAUACGAGAAAUGAUAAACAAAUAUUUUUACAUGGUACUGCUGAUGUAAAUACAUUUAAUAGUAUUCUAAAUGAUUGGAUUAAAAUGGAAGUAGCUGCAUGUGGUAAUAAAUUAUUAUCCAUUGCAUUAAAACAAGCAAAUAUUACUUUAGUAACAAAAGCUGCUGCAUUUAAUUGGGACUUAUGUGCCGCUCAUGCAAUAAUGCUAUCUAUCGAUGGUCAAAUACUUGAUCUUAGUAAACUUAUGACUUAUUAUAAAGAAAAUCAAUCUCUCGAUGAUCUCAAUUUAUUACAAUUUCAAAUUACUUAUAAUAAUAUUAAAUCAACGAAAUUUGAUCCCAAAGAUUAUGCAUGUUCACCAUUUAUUACUUAUUAUAAUCAAAACGAUCUAAUCAAUAUUCUCCAAGCACUUCUAGUCAACAAGAUAGUUAUUGAACAAAAAAAUUCCGUUUAA